CAGGAGUGAUCCUGAGAAGAUGCUUCAAAACUCCAGGCCGGAGCCAGCGUGCGUGGUGGCUGCUGGCGGAGCUGGACGGACCUCCGAGCCUGGCAGGAGCUGUAGAGAGGAUCUCCAGAGCAGGUUGAGAGGGAGGAGGAGGAACUCUCCAUGCUGAAUAAAACACGCACACUCAGGCAGAUCCGCGCCUUUCCAAGACAAACACACUUCGUUUCUAUUAAGUCAUCCAGUUGCGGCGGCGGGCUCUGUGCGCGCGGCUCUAUGCGCGCUGCCAAGUGGAGCCAACUUGGACACAGACAUAUUUGACGAACAUCUCUCCAACAGUUUGCUCAUUGAUCUGAAGUGGGACGUGGAGAGGCGCACCAUGCCACAUUCCCACACGGUGUGCGUGUACUUUGUGAUGGCCCUGAGUGCAGCUGUGACCAACCCCAUCACCGAGGACAUAGAUGUCCUGGUGUUCCUGCCACAGAACAACUCCUACCUCUUCUCACACGCCAGGGUCGCUCCGGCGAUCCUUUACGCACAGCGCACGCUCCGGACGGACGGAGGACGCUUCUCCGGCUUCCACUUCAACGUCCACUUUGAGAAGUCCGACUGCGUCAACGACGCGAUCUUCGUGCUGGUGGACAAGUCGUGUGGGCAGAAGCCAGACCUGAUCCUCGGUCCGGUGUGCGAGUACGAGGCGGCGGCGGUGGUGAGGCUCGCGUCGCACUGGGACGUCCCGGUGAUCUCGGCAGGUGCCCUGGCCGCCGGCUUCGGCAACAAGAAGUCCGAGUACUCGCACCUGACGCGCAUCGCGCCCUCCUACGGGAAGAUGGCAGAGACCUUCAUCGCGAUGUUCGAGCACUUCACCUGGAAGAGCGCGCUGCUCCUGUACGAGGACGACAAGGAGGAGAGGAACUGCUACUUCACCCUGGAGGGGGUCUACCACCAGAUGAUCGACUACAACAUCAAGACGUACGCCUUCUCCCAGGAGGACCGUCUGGACACCGAGGACGUCCUGCACAACAUCCAGGACACUGAAGUGGUGAUCAUGUGCAUGGGAGCAGACAAAAUCCGAGAGGUCAUGCUGGCUGCGCACAGACGGCGGUUGACCAGCGGCAAUUAUAUGUUCUUUAAUGUUGAACUCUUCAACGCCUCUUCUUAUGGCAACGGCUCAUGGAAGAGAGGAGAUAAAUAUGACAACGACGCGAGGCAAGCCUAUGCUUCUUUGAACACGCUGACGCUGCUCAGGACCGUCAAGCCCGAGUUUGAGAACUUCUCCAUGGAAAUGAAAAAGUCCGUGGAACAAGCUGGGCUUCAUGACUGCAAGGACUGCGGAAGUGUCAACAUGUUCGUGGAGGGAUUCCAUGAUGCCAUGCUGCUGUAUGCUGUCGCCUUGCAUGAAGCCAUGAAAAAUGGAUACAGCAAGAAGAACGGAACAGUGAUCACCUCACGGAUGUGGAACAGAACGUUUGAGGGCAUCGCCGGCCAGGUGUCCAUGGACGUUAAUGGCGACAGAAAUGGAGAUUUCUCUUUGAUGUCCAUGACCAAUGUCGAGGCAGGAACCUAUGAGGUGGUUGCCAACUACUUUGGUGUGAAUGGAACGUUCCAGCUGCUGCCCGCCUUCAACACUGACCACUUCACUCUGAGAGGAAGACAUAAAGCACAGCCAGAGACGACAGACAAGUCAUGUGGACUCGGAGUAUCAGCGUUGACUGGAGUCAUAGUGGGAGCUGUUCUUGGAACUGCUUUGCUUAUAGCAUUCUACUUUUUCAGAAAGAACUACAGGAUUACAAUUGAGCGUCGCUCACGUAGUGAAGAGGGCGACACUGGGAAGCACCGUCAGUUACGAGAGGACUCCAUCAGAUCGAACUUCUCAGCAGCGUAACCAGCAGCAGCUCACAGAGAAUCACACACGUGGAUGUGACCAAAGACUGAGAUCUUGUGUGUUUGUAUCCGUCAGUGUUUUGACCUAUUGUAACUCAGGACAGCUGUAACAGUCACAAAGCACCACUUACUUGGAUGUUCCUCCAUACAAAGGUAUAUGAUUGUAUUGGUAUAUAGAAAGCUUUGGCCAUAAAAUUUGGAUAUUUUCAUUUGGGGUUUUUUCUAUUGUUGCUGUUGUUGUAUUUUUGUUUUUUUCAGACAAUGGUUACCACGACUGUGAGUGAUUUAUGCUGCGUUCCAGUUUACCUCGGAACUCGGACCCCGGAAGUCGGGUUGGUGAUUUCUUUCCGACUCGCAGGGGCGUUCCAUUUGCAAUUUCCGUGUCGGAGGUCGUAAUUCCGAGUUCCAAGAUCAUACUGGAACGAUAAACCCGAGUUCCGAGGUAAACUGGAACGCAGCAUUAGAACAGACAGUGUAUGUCACACUUCGUUGGCAUGCACUCGUCGGGUGGGCGAGGUCUACUGUACUUUUGCCUUUCAGGUUGACAAAUAGAGGCUCCAUGUUAAAGGGGAAACAAAGUGGCAGAGCAAAACUUGAUACGGCUGGAGUUAAGUGACUAAGAAAGGAUAUAGGCUUGAUCUAUAUCUCCAUGUAUAGGCUAUAAGCUACUGAUAUUAAGCUACUGAUAUUUUAAUGUGUUCAGUUCACCAUAACCUUGUUGAGAUCCGGAAGCCUCCAUACAAACUCCUUGAUUCUUAACAGAGCACAUUGGUCCUAAAUAUAAAAAACACCAUGUGACGUAUCAUCUUGAAAGGGCAUCUCCUCUUCAUACAUUCCUGUUUAAAUUAGACUGUUUUAUAAAUCCAGGCGCUCCCAACAUAAAAACUGUGGUACUACUUUCUGAUGAGGUUUAUAAAUGGUUAAUAAAACGUGUUGUAGAUCGGUAACAGGAACAACAUGUGUUGGGGUGUCUAAGUUGUAGAGCUACUCAUCCUCCCAAUGAACUGGAGGAAAACGUAGGCAGCGCUGCCCCUUGGUUCAGUCGUGGUCAUCGUCCCCCUGUUGAAGAGAACACUGACGGAACCACUGGUCAGAUGCUCCAACUGUAGUCAAGGAAACAAAUGUGAUGAUUUAAACAAGACAUGUAACAUUUAUAGAGUUACUUAAAAAUACAAAGCAUGUUCCUGCAGAGGAAAUGUAUUUUUAUGUAUGGUUUAUUACUGUUAUGUUUAUCAUUGAAUUAUUUAAUAUUACCAAAGACACUGUAUGUUCCAAAUUAUAAAGCCUUUAUAAAUAUUCCUUAUCAGAAAGUGGAUCCUCAUCGACUGAUAUACAUUACAGAUCAUAUGUACGCAGUGGGACGGCCGUGUGAGGUGGAUCACACUAACAGGAGAGACUGCAUGAAAAAAGUAUUUCACUCUUCCUCAGUGAGCUUUAAAUUUGAUAUAAGUCUCCAUGUCGGUUGCAUUAUUAAUGCAGAAUUAAAAAUCAAGGUUUUUAUAGACACAAAAUAAAGAUAAUGAACUUGGUCAAUGACCUUCCAA